AUGGACCAGGUCCUCCAGCCAACCAACAAGAAAUGGACCAGGUCCUCCAGCCAACCAACAAGAAACGGACCAGGUCAUCCAGCCAACCAACAAGAAACGGACCAGAUCAUCCAGCCAACCAAAAAGAAAUGGACCAGGUCCUCCAGCCAACCAACAAGAAAUGGACCAAGUCCUCCAGCCAACCAACAUGAAAUGGACCAGGUCCUCCAGCCAACCAAAAAGAAUUGGACCAGGUCCUCCAGCCAACCAACAAGAAUUGGACCAGGUCCUCCAGCCAACCAACAAGAAAUGGACCAGGUCCUCCAGCCAACCAACAAGAAAUUGACCAGGUCCUCCAGCCAACCAACAAGAAUUGGACCAGAUCCUCCAGCCAACCAACAAAAGUUGGACCAGGUCCUCCAGCCAACCAACAAGAAACGGACCAGGUCCUCCAGCCAACCAACAAGAAAUGGACCAGGUCCUCCAGCCAACCAACAAGAAAUGGACAAGGUCCUCCAGCCAACCAACAAGAAACGGACCAGGUCCUCCAGCCAGCCAACAAGAAAUGGACCAGGUCCUCCAGCCAACCAACAAGAAAUGGAUCAGGUCCUCCAGCCAACCAACAAGAAACGGACCAGGUCCUCCAGCCAACCAACAAGAAACGGACCAGGUCCUGCAGCCAACCAACAAGAAAUGGACAAGGUCCUCCAGACAACCAACAAGAAAUGGACAAGGUCCUCCAGCCAACCAACAAGAAUUGGACCAGGUCCUCCAGCCAACCAACAAGAAACGGACCAGGUCCUCCAGCCAACCAACAAGAAACGGACCAGGUCCUCCAGCCAACCAACAAGAAAUGGACCAGGUCCUCCAGCCAACCAACAAGAAAUGGACCAGGUCCUCCAGCCAACCAACAAGAAAUGGACCAGGUCCUCCAGCCAACCAACAAGAAAUGGACAAGGUCCUCCAGCCAACCAACAAGAAACGGACCAGGUCCUCCAGGCAACCAACAAAAAUUUGACCAGGUCCUCCAGCCAACCAACAAGAAAUGGACAAGGUCCUCCAGCCAACGAACAAGAAUUGGACCAGGUCCUCCAGCCAACCAACAAGAAAUGGACCAGGUCCUCAGCCAACCAACAAGAAAUGGACCAGGUCCUCCAGCCAACCAACAAGAAUUGGACCAGGUCCUCCAGCCAACCAACAAAAAUGGGACCAGGUCCUCCAGCCAACCAACAAGAAACGGACCAGGUCCUCCAGCCAACCAACAAGAAAUGGACAAGGUCCUCCAGCCAACCAACAAGAAUUGGACCAGGUCCUCCAGCCAACCAACAAAAAUGGGACCAGGUCCUCCAGCCAACCAACAAGAAUUGGACCAGGUCCUCCAGCCAACCAACAAAAAUGGGACCAGGUCCUCCAGCCAACCAAGAAGAAAUGGACCAGGUCCUCCAGCCAACCAACAAAAAUUGGACCAGGUCCUCCAGCCAACCAACACGAAUUGGACCAGGUCCUCCAGCCAACCAACAAGAAUUGGACCAGGUCCUCAAGCCAACCAACAAGAAAUGGACCAGGUCCUCCAGCCAGCCAACAAGAAAUGGACCAGGUCCUCCAGCCAACCAACAAGAAAUGGACCAGGUCCUCCAGCCAACCAACAAAAAUUGGACCAGGUCCUCCAGCCAACCAACAAGAAAUGGACCAGGUCCUCGAGCCAACCAACAAGAAACGGACCAGGUCCUCCAGCCAACCAACACGAAUUGGACCAGGUCCUCCAGCCAGCCAACAAGAAUUGGACCAGGUCCUCCAGCAGACCAACAAGAAACGGACCAGGUCCUCCAGCCAACCAACAAGAAAUGGACCAGGUCCUCCAGGAUGAAUCCAACGUGA